CCGAGAGCCAUUUAAGAGUAGCCUUGUGGGGCUGAACGCAAUGACCACCGUAAGCCUAGAGGUACCAUUAGGAGUACUAUUACUUGAAUUGUUCGGCUCCAAGGCUGUAUUCGCUGUGCAAGGACCAGACUCAUCGAACU